AACGACAAAAGGUUUGGCCACGAAUAGCCAGGAGCAAUUCUACUUUUAUAGUUCAGUACUGGUGUCGGAAGUUAUUAAGUCAUUGUUUCAACCUAGGUAUUUAUCAGUGUAGGGUUAGUUCCUUGUUCCUCUGAAUGUUUCGAAAAGUACUGGAGCGAUUUCGGCUUAAGUGGAAGUCAUACCGGCACCGAUUUUUGCCUUGGAUUGUUUUAAACAUUUCUAAAAAUGAGAAAACACUUCGACAUGUUCAAGAGCGCUGUGAGGACAAGUUGGUCCCGGACGAAGAGGUCUCACGGAACCUCCUGCAUUUCUUCCGAGUUCUCCACAGGACGAAUCGUCGUGUGGAAUUCGGUAAUUUCCACAGCCAGGUAAUAAGUGACUACGAGCGGCGUGUACACGAUGCCAUGUUCCAAUCACUUGGAUUCUGCAUCGACCGGAAGCCCAGCACACUUCCCGAUGCAGGAAAUGGAGUGUUUGUCACCAGGGGCUUGGUUCCCAAAGGAGCAACAGUUGCCAUGUAUCCUGGUACCAUCUACCAACCAUAUGAGCCUAUUCUCCUCCAAUCCAUCAGAAACCCAUUUGUCUUUCGGUGCAUCGACGGCGUCUUGGUUGACGGAAAUGACAAAGGGAUCUCCAAGAUGGUGUACAAGUCAUGCAGUGGCAGAGAUCGAAUGGGCCCUUUGAUGACGAGUGAUACCACCUGGCUGACAGUCACUCCACAGAAUCCGCUGGCAGUGGGUCAGUAUGUGAACAAUUGCUCUAAUGAGAGGCCCGCCAAUGUGUGCUACCAGGAGUAUGAUGUUCCCGACACACUUCCCAUGGAGUUUCGGUGUUAUCUUCCCAACGUCAACUACAGUGCGCAUUCGCAGAGACCUCUUCGCUGUGUGGUCCUUGUAUCACUCAGAGACAUUACAGCAGGAGAGGAGCUAUUUUCCAACUACUACACUAUUGUGCAUUAGAAGCAUCAAUAUGACAUGGACCUAAGGACCACUCAGAGCGAAGUUCCCAAAAAUAAAAUGUGCCUCCACAGCUCUUUGUUUGAUUGUUACACGAACUCAUCUAAUCGUACAACUGUGCUUGCGUUGUAAUGGUACUGUUUGGUCCAGAAAUAGCUUCACGGAUUACAUGCAUGUUAGAUUCACCAACGCUGGUCCUCGAGGGCCCCUAUUCUACACGUUUUCAAUGAUUCCCUACACCUUUAUACUGAUUGAAAUGAUCAGGAUCGUUAUCAUUUUCCUCUCCCAUCCCACCUGCACUGAGUACAAGGGACGUUUCAUGACAAAGCCAGCCUUCCUUAUGUGUCUGUACAAUUUUCCCCAGCCAGCAGCUGCAAAAACAAUCCUGGCCAGGAAGCAUCCAUCCCCUAGCUGUCGUUCUCAAAAUUGUUUUCAAUAACUGUGUGUACAGGGAAAUGCAAGACAGACAGUUUUGGCAAGAAAUGAACACUGUUGGAUCGUCCCUUCAGGGACUAGAGCAAGAACUAUUCAUUCUCAUGACUGGAAUACUAUAAGGUCAAACUAUGGUGUCAAAUGAGACUUGUGUCGAAAUCACUCCACGAUGCAAAUAAAUUGCACUCCAAUUACACAUUUCAA